CCCAUAGCAUUCAAAGAGAUGGCCAUUAAACUUUCCCUCCCUUCUCUUCUUCAAAAUUUCCUCUUGGUAACAACUUUUGUACUUCUCAUUGAGAAUACAGAUGCUUGUCUCGACCGCGUCGAUAGAACAAACAUCUUUCCUUUCGAAACAUACGAUGAUCAUCGGAAGCAUGACCUCGACGGAGCGGGCGACGAAGAAUGGGGGAUGGUGAAGAGGAAAGGGAACCAAUUUGUGGUUGGAAACCAACCAUUCUAUGUGAAUGGUUUCAAUACAUAUUGGUUGAUGAUCCUCGCCGUUGAUCAGUCGACGAGGGGGAAGGUAAGCGAAGUGCUUCAGCAAGCCUCGUCGGUCGGCUUAACGGUUUGCAGGACUUGGGCUUUCAAUGAUGGAGGGUGGAGAGCCCUUCAAAAAUCUCCUUCAGUGUACGACGAGGAAGUUUUUAAGGCACUAGAUUUUGUAGUUAGUGAAGCAAAAAAGUACAAGAUUAGGCUUGUACUUUCAUUAACCAAUAAUUGGGAAGGUUAUGGAGGGAAAGCUCAAUAUGUGAAAUGGGGUAAAGAAGCUGGAUUAAACCUAACCUCCGACGACGAUUUCUUCUCCGACCCUACCGUCAAAGGCUAUUAUCAAGCUCAUAUCAAGACUAUACUAACUAGAGUGAAUACAUAUACAAACAUUACUUACAAAGACGACCCGACGAUAUUCGCGUGGGAACUAAUGAACGAACCGCGAUGCCUCUCCGACCCCUCCGGCAAUAAGUUGCAGGCAUGGAUACAAGAGAUGGCAUUCUAUGUUAAGUCAAUUGAUCCAGUCCAUCUGCUGGAGAUCGGAACCGAGGGGUUCUACGGUCUCUCGACUCCUGAUCGGCAACAAGUGAACCCUAACACAUAUGCGGGACAAGUCGGAACCGACUUCAUUCGGAACCACCAGGCUUUGGGCAUUGAUUUCGCCUCGGUUCACAUCUACCCUGAUUCGUGGUUGUCGAGCGCAACAACGGAAUCGAGCCUCGAAUUCGCGAGGACUUGGAUGGAGAACCACGUAGAUGAUUCGGAGAACUUGCUAGGAAUGCCGGUCGUCUUCGGCGAGUUCGGGGUUUCCACUAAGAACGGAAAGCACAACGUAACAUUUCGCGACGCCUUCAUCGGGAUGGUGUACAAAACUCUACUAAACUCGACGAGGAGGGGCGGAAGCGGCGGAGGCAGCCUCCUUUGGCAACUUUUUCCCGAGGGAACGGAGUACAUGGACGACGGCUACGCCGUGGUGCUAACGAAGUCUCCGACCACCGCUAGCAUCAUUUCGCUGCAGUCGCGGAGGCUUCAAAUCUUCAAUUCAAGGUGUGAUUGGAAGUGCCACUGGAGCUGCAGGAAGAGGAGCAUUGCAAUGAAUGAUCUUGUCUCACAUGAUGAAAUGUAAAAGCUGUGACAAUUAAGCUCAUGUACUGCGAGAUUAUAUAAGAGUUACAUAUAAUUAAGCUAUAUUUCUAAGGUUGGUGUAUGAGGAGCUUCACAAGGAGAUGAUCUAUAUGCAUAUUGCGCAAAAAUAUUAGAUA